AUGGAUUUUCUCGAGGAUCCGCGUCUGCGUCAGCGCUGGAACCAGAUUACACACGAUGCAGAGACGGUGACUGAGAACGCCGCCGCCGGCAUUUGGACCUUCCAGCACCACUACAUCAACCCUUGUCUGGGCUCAUUGCGAGGGGCCAUUGAGCAAUGCACAACCGUGUGUCUGGGCGACCCCGAAGAGCGCCUUCGACGGCAGCGAGAGCGCGCUCGCGAGCGGACAGAAUACAGUUUUAAUUUUUACGAUGACUGGGAUCGUGAAGAGGAGAGCGGCGGCCUGUUGGGCAACUGGGGAGGGGAAGACUGGGAUCGUCUCUUGGCGGGCUCUGGCAGCCAGAGGAGAGGUGAGACGGUCGAGCAGCCCCGACGCAAGAGGGGCAUGAGCUACGGCACACGGGGAGCCAGGAGGAAAAACAGCGAACAGGACCCCACCAUUAUCCCCAGCACCCAACCCAUUGGCUUUCUGAGCAAGCUCCCUUGGAAAAUGGGUGGCACUCUGAGAUAUAAACCUAGUGCGGCAGAUCUACAGGACCACCCUGGUACAAGAAAACACGAAUACACCGAGUCACAGCCGCUGCUGGGGGCGGAAGAUGACUCGGACCACGAGAGAUUGUUACAACCGUCCCGGUCAAGGAAGCGGAGCGGUACUACGGGAUCGGGUGGGACGUCGGAUUCAUAUCGCUCCCGUGGUGAUUUAUUUCCAAGUGACGGCGAAGGAGACGAGGAUGCGGUGGCGCUCGAUGACGAGGUGACCUAUGACAUGAUUAGGAGAGAUGAUAGGAGUAGCGCCCGGAGCGGAAGAACGCCGAGUAGCAAAGGAAAACGACCGGUGCAUACCGUCUCCAGAACGGUGUCGAGGACGACGCUUGGCUCGGUUGCGUCAAAAGACUCGCUAGGCCUGGCAAUUUUCGGCCAGGUGACGCAGGAUCCCGCACAAGAUGCUCAACUCUUACCAUCACUCAAGGACUUGGAGUUGGAAGAAGAGCGUCUGGGCAGAGAAGAAGACCAAGAAUUAGCAAAAAAGAAAGAGGCCGCAGCUCAAUUGGCGCUGGAGCGAGGUUUGCAAACGGAAGCCGAGCCGAAACCAGCAGAUGUGGCAGAUGAUGAAUAUCUACCUGAAGAGCCGCAUGAGAUUCACUUGGACGACGACGAGGAUAGCGACGACGAAGCACAUUACGACUCCGGGUUAUCCGGAGGUGAUUUAGAGAUAUCGGUAAAGGACAAGGCAUUGCCGCCUGUCCAGAGCGCUUUUGUACCUGCGCGGCUGCCGCAUUUUGGAUGA